UAACUUGUGUGGUGUGCAUACAUUGGUAUAAUUCAUGUUAACCCUUUGACCAAAAUACCAUUUGGCAUAAGUAAUGAGUAGUCCAUACAUACAUAUAUUCAAUUCGUAACGUUGUUUUUUUUUGUCUGGCAAUACUUAUCACUCGCAUGCCUGGUGGCCGUCAGUCAAUAAGGCGACAGUUUUAGCGUCAUUUUGCCUUUCUCGCUUAAUUUGAAGACUACUUUGGCAGUGAAACAUGUAAACCUCAAAGAAUCCAAGGCAAGAAUUAAACUGGCGCAAAUUAGCUUAGACCUAAUUAGGCAUACAAUUAACAUACGUUGGAUUGCAUAAUUAAACUAAAAACAGAUGUAGCUACCAGCAAAAACGAGAUGGAGAUGCCCCACGUGCUUAAUGAUCUGUAAAACCAAGCAAGUCUUUAUCCCAAUGCCAAAGUGAAAUGUGAAAUUUGUGGAAAAAUUUCAAAAAAUCAUAUCGCCUUUUCUGCCCAUAUGAAAAGACUUCACACCACCCGGGAGCGACCCAGUUGCGAACUUUGUCACCGGGUAUUUUUCGACGCUACCACCUUAAGGAAUCAUAUUAACACGGUGCACCACAAGACUGAGCGUCCUCCUCGUCGUCGUCUGCCAUGUCCGUUUAUCGACUGCAAAAGUACCUUCACAGGAAAAGGGAGUAUUACUUGUCACGUAAAACGAGAACAUGCCCAGAACCCGGUCCGAUUUCGGUGCACUUUGUGCGGAAAAGAUACUAAAACGAUGGCCGACCUGGGGUUCCACAUUAACACGCACACGACCGAGAAACCACACAAGUGUGCCACGUGUGGGCAGGGUUUCGCACGAAAAGGGCAUUUGAAAUCUCACAAGGCUACACAUUUCGAAAAAGUUUUAAGACCGACAUUGCAAUGCCAACUUUGUCCACAGACAUUUUUAACUCCAACAGGUUUGCAGCGGCACGUGGAGGUUCGUCACGAAAAUAAGAGGAGAUUUCCUUGCAACUUUUGUGACCAGAGGUUCAUCACGUCAUCGCAUUUAAAACGUCACGUCGAGGCGAGACAUCCCACGAGCCAGGUUGCGAUUUAUUCUUGCGACAAAUGUGACUACAAAAGUCAUUCGAUGGGCAACUUAUCCAGUCACGAGGGACGUCACAAUAUCGCGAAUAGACGGUCAUGCUACUUUUGUGGGAAGCAGUUUGUCAUGUUUUCUGCAUUGGUCAGGCAUUUAAGUCAAGUUCAUACUCUAGAAAAAUAAAAGGUGGAAUUUUUUAUAAUUUCCAGAGCAAUUUUAAUGUAAUAAUUUUGUAAUUAUUUAAUUAUUAAUGCAUGUAUUGUAUUGAGCAAUUUGGUCUGUUUAAAAUUAUUGAAAUGAUCCUCUAUCCGUAAAUAUGAGCUUCGAAUCGUUCAAAAAUAAUUUUUUGACGUGUUGUCAAUUUGGGUAAAAUAUAGAUAGAAAAUUAGUAAAUAAAUAAUUUGUGUCAGAAAGGCGACGUUAUAGUCUUACAGAGGAAGCCUGAAGACAUGUUUUCAGACUAGGCAGCUUAAUAAAU